AUGACAGAUAAUAAUACUUCACCCCUUCUCGCUGCUACCACACAAGCAGACGACUCUAUUCCAUAUGUUGUGUUAAAUACUUCUAUUGGUAGUCCUCCAACUUCACCAAUUUCUCGUCAAGAGAUAUCCUCACAACAACCACCAGCACCAAUGAAUUCUCAUUCGAGAGAAAUAUCACCUGAAGUUAAUAUUGAUUCAGAGAAUGGGGGAGAUAUAAGAUAUAAUCCAUCCGAAUCAUCUGUUUCUGAUAUUCAUUCACAAAAUGUUGUUCCAUUUUAUCGACAACCACAAUUUUAUAGUUCAUUCGUAAAUAUUUUUGCUCAAAAUUUUCUUUUCCCUUUUAUAAAUGGUGUCAUGUUGGGCUUUGGUGAAAUUUGUGCUAAUGAAAUCGCGUUUAGAAUGGGAUGGUUUGGAGUUAGAAAUUUACCUAUUUAUUCUCGUGGCGGACAACCUGAAAACAAUCAACGUUCAAGAAAGACAAAAAACAAAAAUGGUCAUGAAAUAAAUGAAGAAAAUGAUUAA